CCCCUUUUCACUACAAACAGUUUUUUAUUUGGUGUUGAGCCGAAGGAAUCGACUACCACUUCGCUACUACCGGAGAACACCGUAGUAACAGUUUGGUUGAAAAACUCAUCGGCACAUGAAUCGUAUGGUUUGCGUCGGUUGGACGCAAUGUUCUUCAAUAUACAUGGGGCUUUGAAAGAUGGGUUUCAUCCGUGGCAUGAGUUCUAGCGUUAAUUCAGUCACUAUCAUCUUCCCGUAUACCCUAAUUACGGGGCGUACGUUCCAUCACUCUUCUUAUAAAAAUCUUGAAGCAAAUUUGAAUGGAUCGACUCCUGAAGGGGCUACGCAUAUAUCCCUUAACCUACGUCCAACUGAUCGCGAUUGUGAUGUGUGGAAGCACAAGCGCCGUGCACAGGCGUCACAGACAACUUGGGCAAACCGCCAUCGUUACGACGCUGUCAUCAUUGCGGUUGAACGCCAAGUCAUAUACCAGAAGAAGCCAUCUCUCCUUUCAGAUACUGUCCGGUGGGGUAGUCCUGUUAGCGUUAUGUCCUUAGAACCACCAGUAGUGCAUAUUAUCCAGGACGUUGCUACUGCAAAAACUUAUUCAUCGCUCUAAACUAAAGGUGUAUCGCGAGCCGGUCGAUAUUUCAGCCCCAGUUAUUAAGAAAGCUCACGGUGCUUCACUUUACUGUAGCUGGCUCUUCUAUAUGAGCAAGUUUCGAAAAACAAUCGAGAUUGACAAGGCUCGUCUUGCUGCAACUUUCAAAUUGACAUCCGAUUUCAGUACAAGUUCAAUACUGCCUUCCGCCAAUAUUAUAGUCUAGCAGAUCCUAAGCAUCACAAGAUCCAUAAUCGCCGUCUUUCCAACUGAGAUCGGCGGUUCAUUAAGAAAAAUCUCCAGCCAGCUCAAUUUACUGCUAUCAAAUCCGGGCUUAAGUGUUGAAUUGGCCUUAGCUAGUGACCCGUCUACCGCGCUGGCCUAAUUCUAAAAUAAAAGACAGUAUGAGGCUAUAAUCCUUACAUCUAGACGUUCUACUACCUAACCUAUACAUCUGUUCGACCACAUUUAGAAAGCAGUCUUUUUUCAAUACGGCUUGAGGGGGUUGUAAAACCUUGUGGUACCGAACAAAAUCAAAAUUGCGUUUAUCAGGCCGUGUGGGCCGGUGUGGCCGCCAUACCCAACCGCCGCACUAUUCGCGCGCAAACAGCUAAUACCAACCAGACUGCCGUAGCACACGUCAGUAGCCUGUGACCUAUAAAAGUCGAGGUACAACCGUUGUUCGGUUCAAUUUGCUACAGUGAACGAACAAACCAUUUAAAACAAAUAAAACUAGUGGCACGAAAGACUCGAGGACCUAUACAAUAUUUUGGAUCGACAUUCGGGACAGAGGCGCCGGUUAUGUAUUUUAUAACCCCGAUCCCGACCCAUAGCCCAAACGAGGGCAGGUUUCCUCACUCCAUGUCCGUGGCGUAGCCCGAGCUAGAGCCGAAGGUGUUGCCUGAGGCAAUAUUGUGUUCCCCGAUUGGUCUAUUCCCGUGGGUAGAAUUAUUGUCAAGUUUCUGGCAAAGACACCCGAGAUAUUUCUGUUGAGGAUCCAUACUGUUUGCCGCAAACUAGCUCGAUGUCAUGUCACGGGUCUCAGAAUUACUAUCUGACAGCGCUGUUCUGCUAGUGGAUGCCUAAAUAGGGUCGUCGCUCGUAUAUGUCGAGGGCGUUCAGCCGUACAUUCUUACGCUCAUGCAAAAGGAUGAGAUAUCAUCGACAUUGACUAUAUUUUUAGGCACCGGCGUGCCAUCCAAGGACAAUACCCGAAAGGGCAGCAUAUACCAACUGUGGGCAAGCAGAACGAUGUGUAGAAUAUAGAUUCUUCGAGUUGUUGUUCGUGUCUUGUUUGAGUGUAAUGUGACUUUAAAAUAAAG